AUGGCCGCUGCAGUGCAAAAGAACGGUGUUCAAGCACUAGCUAAUGGUAGUCAUCAUUUAGAAAUGAAUUCUGUGGACUGUGUUUCUAGUUCAGUAACAGAAACUGAAACUCAAGAAAAACAUUUAGAGGAAGAACCUGCACCUGAAAUUGACAUAGUUAUCAAUAAUGUUGUGUGUAGCUUCAGUGUUCGUUGUCACCUGAAUUUGAAAGAAAUAGCUACUCAUGGUGCUAACGUUGAGUAUAGAAAAGAAAAUGGAAUGGUGACGAUGAAAUUAAGAAAACCCUACACGACUGCCUCAAUAUGGUCAUCUGGGAAAAUCACAUGUACGGGUGCCACAAGCGAGGAUAAUGCCAAAAUAGCCGCCCGACGUUUUGCAAGAAGUUUGCAAAAAUUGGGAUUCGAAGUUCGUUUUAAUAAUUUUAGAGUCGUUAAUGUUCUCGGAACGUGUUCCAUGCCGUUCGGUAUUAAAAUUAAUUCUUUUUCAGCCAAAUAUCCUAAACAAGCAGAAUAUGAACCGGAAAUUCAUCCGGGCGUAACUUAUAGAUUGAAGGACCCCAAAGCAACAUUAAAAAUAUUUUCAACGGGAAGCAUAACUGUCACAGCUCCCUGUGUAUCGUCAAUCGCAGCAGCAAUCGAACACAUAUAUCCCCUAGUCUACGAAUUUAAAAAAGAACGAACAAAAGAAGACGAAUUAGAUUUGGAGUUGAAAAGGCAAAAGAAAAACGGGAUGAUGAUGAUGAGGAAAAGGAAAAGGCUCGAGAGUUACGAAGAGGAAGAAUACGGAGGAAAUGGGGGGGAAUACGUGGAAACUCAGGAUUACAGCGAAGAAGACUCGGAUUGGAUAAUCGACGAGGCGUUGAGCCCUUAG